CCACAGUUGCAGCACACUUAGAACCGACGCCAGUGUGGGUGCAGCAGUGCAUCGCGACGGCAAGUGAGCGGAGGGAACAUAUGCUUAAUCAAAGAAAACACCGAGGGCAUUAGACAUCCUUUACCAAACUGUAGUGCUCCUCGUGGUCUCGAACCUGCCGCCACAUGUUGCGCAUCCGACCAGCAAGCCCCACAGCCCUCUUGUGGUGCAUGUUCGCCUUUGUGGCAGGGGCGGCAGCUCGAUUGGCUGUCCUCUCAGACCUCACAGCGAUUGUUGACAAGACAGCUUACGAUGAGAGAGAAACGAUUUUGGCAAGAGACCCGGAACUCCCACCAGACACCCAGCUCGUGACACAGCCAUCUGCAACCCAAGGCGUUCUAGCUUUACCGCAGCUCUUGGUAUUUUCUCAGCCGUGCCGUACCGUUCCCUUGUUUGUGCCUUUCAAAAACCACGCAGAAAGAAAACAUCACAGAAGAGUGAAGAGACUCAAGGAAGUAAACACUUCACUCAACAGCACCAAACAGGCACAGUUCCCCAACAAUGAGCCUUCCUCAUCCGUGGGUUCCUCCUCUCUUUGGUUGCAUCUUUCACAGAACAGAUCCUUAAUUUCAGGAAAAAAGUUGACGAAUAGCCAUGUCCUUUCUAUGAGACCUAAGAAGGGACAAAACCGCACCUGGAGACAACAUGCUACGGGGAGGAUCGUUCCCCUUAGGCCUGGGUGGUUCAUCAACCCGCGGGAUCCAAACAGCCUUCGGUCAGUGUCUCGCCAUCCCUUCACUUCAUUUCUAGAGGAGCGCGUUGCAGCCAAUGACUUCAGCCAAACUUCCCUACAUGGUCAAAACUUUAAAUCGGUCAAUAAUCAGCAGUCCACUCCUCCUCAGGGAUCUGCUAAAAAGCAGCGUAAGCAAGUGUAUGCCACAGGGAGAAAUCAGCUUUCUACAGAGACUUCAAUUAUUCAAAGACUUCUCAAUUUGAUACAUACUUAUGGUAAGAAUGACGAGUUGAUGGAAUCCUCCAUUCCUAGGGUAAGUUCUACCGAAACCUUUCCUCAACCAUCCCCAUCAAAUUUUGAUAUUUACUCUGAGGCGCACACGCAAACUCAAGAACAAAAACCAUUCGAAAUUCCUGGUAACCUUCUUAAUGUUUUAGACUUGUACUAUGAAGCCAAUCUUCAUGACAAUGAGCAUAGAGAUGAACCAGUAAGCGACGCUCUGCCUCCAGCUCCACCUUCGGAAUUUCCAUCCUACCCCAUCAGCCAACCUUUCAUUCCUGCUUACCACCAAGUCUCUCCGCCCAGUCCCCCCAAUGUGGUGCAGGACAGCUUAACGCCAGCUUCUCAUACCCCUUCAUUGAGUUCUAUCUCUUUGAUCUCUUCGGUGGUGUCCGACCCCACAAACUGCUUCGAAGAUACCCUCUGCACUAUGGUAGUUGCUUUCGCCUUGGCUCUCAGUGCGUCAACAUUGAUCCUGCUUCCUUUCUCCCAAGGUCGUCGGAGAAGAAGCCUUGAUGAUAGAACGCAUAACAGUGAAGACAUGAUGAAACCCUUGGUCAGCGGCCUCCUACAGGGUCUUGAGCUAGAACAGUGCCUCUUUCUGCCGACAUUCUCUCGUCCGUCGAUCGAAGACGAUCCCCAGCGUGCCAGUCAUAUGAAGACCGAGAAAGUACCUAUUAUGUGCAUUACAAGGUCAGGGAAAUUUUUCUUUCCAUCUUAUUACACGAAUUCACAGAGAGAGGCGCAUUAUGAACUUAAGCAAUCUGGAUAUUGAAUCGUGAUAGUGCGAAAUAUGCAUAUAAAUAAAGAAAUAAAAUUAAACUUUGCCUGUGAAACUUAACUGAAAAUCAGCAUUUUACCACAAAGAUCCAGUGUGUGUAUGCUUCCAUUGCAAGAGCGUCUUUGUGCUCUUAAAGGUGGUAAGAGAAGCUAAGACUGAAUCUUUACGUAUGUAAGCAUUUAUAUAUAUGCAUUAUUCUAAGCCUGAAUCCAAUAAGCUGUAACUUAAUAGAGACGUAACAGUAUAGAUAUUUUGUAAACCUGCUGUCUUAAAGAAUUGUUAUUACUUUCCCAUAUAGACGUUUGAAUGUUCCAUCUGGCUUUAUAAAGUUAGUCUUAAAAAUUUUCUAAAGAAAAUAUUAAAAAGGGUAUUAUGAAAAUAAUAGCUAGUUAACCACUCAUUUUAUGAGAGGAUAUUAAGGAAGUGAAUUUCCGUUAGCAAUGCAUAGCAGUAAUGAUGCCAUGGUGUCACAAUGUAAUUGAUGAUUGGUGGUUCGUCUCAUAUAGCAUUAGUACGCAUACAUUAUGGGUACUGGGCAGAGACCGUAUGGAUAUCAUGUAAGGAGGUUGGACUGAAGAAGAAGGCAUGCGCCUAUCCCGCUGUAAUAAAAAAGUGAAACCAGAGGGCGGAGCUUAUGAGGCAAUGGGUGGAGCUUACGAUCGCAACUUAACUGCCAAAACAUUAACCUCUCCUGUGUUAAGCAAUGGGAAAUUGACACUUUCUUUUUCAUUACUGGAGGAAAACUAAGAAAGAACUGAUGGUUUGACUUAUGUAAACCACAUUAUAGUUUUCUAAAUAUGUCAAAUAGACCUAUUAUUGAUGGUGUUAAUGCGAAAUAGCAACGAUAUUGAAAGAAAUACAGCAGGCCGUUUCCGGGGGAAAUUAUGGCUUUUUCACAUGGCAAGAAACAAUCGGUGAAGUAAAAUUUUAGUGAUCGAUGCUUUUUUUCCCAAUGCUCAGUGACAUGAAAUCACACAUCAUUCUAGAUAAAAGAUAUAAGGAGAGAGAGAGAG